GCCGGGUGCGCGGUGGAGCUGACGGCGGGGACCGGCGGGUGUGAUCGCGGAGCGGGGCCUGGGCAGCGGCAGGAGCAUAGGACCUCGCGCCGCGUUCCCGGGCUCCGGGGCGGGGGCGGCGGCGGCGGCGAAGCCCCCUCCCCGGGGAGACGGGGCCCGGACGAGCUCCCCGGAGCGGGGACGGCGGCGCAGGGAAGGAUGCACCAGAAGCUGCUGAAGAGCGCGCACUACAUCGAGCUGGGCAGCUACCAGUACUGGCCGGUCCUGGUGCCCCGCGGCAUCCGCCUCUACACCUACGAGCAGAUCCCCGUGUCGCUCAAGGACAACCCGUACAUCACCGACGGCUACCGGGCCUACUUGCCCUCCAGGCUGUGUAUCAAAAGUUUGUUUAUUUUAUCUAAUGAGACCGUAAACAUCUGGAGUCAUUUGCUGGGUUUCUUCCUCUUCUUUACCCUGGGAAUAUAUGACAUGACAUCAGUAUUACCUUCGGCAAGCGCGUCCAGAGAAGAUUUUGUAAUUUGUUCUAUUUGUCUUUUCUGCUUCCAGGUCUGCAUGCUUUGCUCUGUGGGCUAUCAUCUUUUUUCCUGCCAUCGAUCAGAAAAAACCUGUCGAAGAUGGAUGGCAUUAGAUUAUGCAGGAAUUUCUAUUGGAAUACUGGGAUGCUACGUCUCUGGGGUGUUCUAUGCAUUUUAUUGUAAUAACUACUGGCGCCAGGUGUACCUGGUCACCGCGCUCGCCAUGGUCCUGGCCGUGUUCCUCGCACAGACCCACCCCAGUUACCUCACGCAGCAGUGGCACAGGCUGCGCUCUGUCAUCUUCUGUUCCAUCUCGGGGUACGGAGUGAUCCCUACGCUUCACUGGGUUUGGCUCAAUGGAGGCGUCGGGGCUCCUAUUGUACAGGACUUUGCACCCCGUGUAAUUGUGAUGUAUGUGAUUGCUCUUCUGGCUUUCCUGUUCUACAUUUCCAAAGUUCCAGAGCGGUACUUUCCAGGACAACUAAACUACCUCGGAUCAAGCCACCAGAUAUGGCAUGUCCUUGCAGUAGUGAUGUUAUAUUGGUGGCAUCAGUCUACAGUGUACGUCAUGCAGUACAGACACAGCAAGCCAUGCCCGGACUAUGUUUCACAUUUGUGAAUGCAGGUAUGGCCGCCUGCUGUAUACGGUUGGUAAGCAAUAUGUCACAGGGAGUCGUCCACCCCACUGUUUCUAAGGUUCACAUUAGUUUUUCCUCUAUCCUCCUAUUUAAUAUAUCAUGAGUAAUACUUUAUAAAAAUGGAAGAAUAUACUUGGGAAUCUGUAAUAAUAACUGCUUUCCAGCCCUUAAAACUACUAAUUUGCUGCUUGUACAGAAAGUGAAAAUUAGUUGACAAUUAGAACGAUGAUCGUGAAACCAGUGUAGAAAGAGUAUUAGUUUUACUUUACACCAGCUUCAUUUCCUUAGGAAGGCCUUCACCUCCAUUAUAAAACGGAGUCAUCCUGUGUGAUUCCUUUAAUAGAAGAUACUUACAGUAGUGGAUCCAGUCGAAGUGCCUCCUCAAGGCCAGGGUUGCAGUAGCCUGUGCUUAGCACAGCCAGGAGUGCCGUUCUGAGUCCUCACUCGCCUUUAAAUACACGGGUUGUGAGAAACUGGCACUUAAGUUAUGAUUUCCUUUAGCUGUAGGCUCCCUUCUCUUUAGGAACGUUGGAUUUGUUAGUUUGCUAGAACAAAAACUUUAAACCUUCCCUCCCCUGAGUUGAGAGAGGCAUUAAGAGGAAAAGAACUUGCAUCGUCAUUUCCCCUCCGAUAAGAAUCACAUUAAAAACUGAAGAUAUGAUCAGGCAACAAAUUCUGUGGUCUGAUAGCUAAGGCUUUUCCGCUUUUUUUUAAGCUUUUUAAUUUCAAGGACUAUUACUCAGUUCCAUAUAAUAACGGCACUCCUGCCAGUGAUUACAGAUUUUUCAUUCCAAAAUUCCUGUAGCAAAAUAAGAGUUUCACCUCUCUGAAUUUGCACUCCUACUAAAUUUCCUGAUGGGUGGGAGUUCCCAGUUACAUGGGUGCUACUUUCAAGGCCACAGAGUCCAGAUGGCCCAGGGUUGACCCUGAAAUGAACGUUAAGCCUUAGAACAAAGUCACGUAGAUGCCCCAGUUGACAGGAUUAUUCCCCCGUACUCUAGUCUUUCCCUGUUUAUGCGCAUGUGAGCAUUUUACUGACAGUGCAGAGUGUUGGUAAACACGAUCUCAUACUUGGGCCUGAAGCAUUUAUAUAUCUUUAUUGUAUAUGCCUAAGAAAUAGAUCUCACCACCCCAGCAUACAUGCUCUUCUCAUUCCUUGGUCUUUUCGUGUGUGUAAAUUAGAUCCCUUUGGACGCAUUCACAAAAACACGUUCAUCGGGAUAUAAAAUAUUAUCCAGAUUUCUUAAUGGGUUCACAUGAGUUGCUUUAAAUACUGGUGUAGCUUCAAAGCACCGGAAUUAGUGUUGAUUGAGGGUGAAGCUUACUUCCACAUUGCCAUUUCUGUAUCAUAUUAGGGAUGUUACUUUAAUGUGCCUCAGUUUAUAUAUCUGUAAAAUUUUGGUUUCUUUUCGGUGUAGUGUUUUUGGAGUAUAAAUUCCCCAUGCUAGCAUCUCAGCACAGAGAAUCUUCCCAGUAGGCUAAGGGCGCUGUAUUGUACCAUUAUGAUGAUGAACACACUACUUUGAAAAUGGCUACCUUGCCUCCUAAGGCCAGAAAUUUGAUUCCUAUGCUGAGUGAUAAAAAAAGACUUUGCUGUAAUGAUAAUAGGAUGUAUUUUCCCCAAAACAACCCUUAGGGGUCUAACGUGGUAUUGUUGAUUUUAAAUAAGAUAUUUUGUCAUUUUGGCCCAAUAAAAUACACUGAGAAUAGUUAGAAUUAAUUUAAAAAUAGAAAAGUCUAGUUAUUUUAGGCCUGGUACCAUUUUACUAUAAAAUCUUCUCAAAAUAGAAACACUGAACUUUAAGCUCUAUUUUCUCUAAAUUUUUUAAAAACAUUCCUGGUUUUUUGUUAGAGAGUGUAUGAAUUAUCUAAUACUUGCCAUCCAAAUUAAUGGAUUAAAAAGGCAUACUAUGUUUGACUGUUUUUUGGUUUUUUUUUUUAAUUUAAAAGGCAUACAAGUCUGACUGUAGGGAGAAUUCUACCAUGGGAACAUGUCAUCUUUUUAUGAAAAUGUUAAAUAUUGUAAGGAACCUAUCCUCUCUCAUUUUCAUCUUUACUAUAGAAUCUUUUAUUAUAAAGUAGGAAAUGAAUGGAUGAGUGUGGAUUGCUGUCAACUAUAAACACUUCUGUAUGUCAGCAUUUACUGACCACCUACUGUGUGCAUAGCACUACUGGCAAAAUUUGUAAGACAUUGUUAACAUGAGAGAAUAUUUAAAAAUUGCCUACAAAUCUGAGCCUUGUAAUAAUGUAUAUUUAAGUUAUUUUUGGUUUUAUAGAUUUACUAAAAUAAGAUUAAAAGUACACUAUUCAGCUACCAUACUAAAAAAACUGGUUUUAAUUUUACAGUGUGUAAACUAGAAAAGCUGUUUACCUACAGACUUUACACGUGCAUUUUAAAACUAUCCGUGGCGGUUUUAAACUGUCUAUUGUGAUUUAUAAGGUUGUAGUUAAUUCAUUGGAGGCAAUUAUCUUUCUAUAUAAAGCCAUUUUCAAAAGAUAGUGCUUGUCUUUUUUGUUAUGACACAGAGUGCAAUUCAGUAAGCUGCAUGGCAAAUACGUGUGAUGUAAAUAAACCGGUUUACUAAAGGUA